AUGUUUUGGGUUGACAAGCUGAACCGGGCCAUCAUAAUGGAAAAGAUCAACAAUUUAUCUACAGCUAUGACAAAAGAAGGAAACUAUUUUAGCCAAGAGAACAUUGGGGGUGUUGUACCUCGCGCUUGCCCGGGAGUAAAACCCCGCAUUGAUGCAGGUCCCUCCGCCGAGAACCCUAGCCCUCGAAUUGAAGACGCCGUCGGUGGAGAUGAACAUCUGCGACGCCGACGUCGGCGAGAUGUCGGCCAGCGAGAUGUGGAAGUUCUCCAUGAACGUCACGUUCGGGUUCGCGAACGGGGCCCCGCCCCUCUCCAGCAGCAGGACGGUGUAGUUCCUCGACAGCGUGGCCGCGAGAGGGCAACCCGCCGUCCCCCCGCCCACUAUUAUGUAGUCGUAGGACGAUUCUCCGCCGUGGGACGCGGCGGCGGAGGACGACGGGGGCGAGAACGAGCUGGCGGGCCUGACGAACGGGUAGCGGUAUUCGGCCCGGUGGGAUGA